AUGGACUCCAUUCCGGAGUUCGACGAAGAGAUUGAGAUGAUCGGGAGCGAGGAGGAGCGACGGGUGGCCGUGGCGAUGGGCGGCGGGGGGGGAGGUGCUGCGGGGAUGGGCGGCGGGGGGAAAGGUCCUGGGGGGGUGGGAGGGGGAGCUGGCGCUGUGGGGAUGGGGGCCGGAGGGGGCGCUGUGGGGAUGGGCGCGGAUGGGCUGGGGAAGGGGAAGGGGAAGAUGAGUCCGAGUGAUGAGGAGGCGGCAUAUAGGGCAACGUAUGGCUCGCACUUUGAUGCGGAAUAUGAUGCUUCUGAUAGUGGCUUGAGUGCCAACGGCUCAGAUGCUUCUGGAGAUGCAGCCGUGGCUGGUUGGGGGAAUGAUCGACUGCAGCAGCAGCAGCAGCAGCAGCUGCAGAGGACGGUGUGGGAGCUUCGCUCAGGCGUUGCUCCUGCUGCUGCGGCUGCUGCUGCUGCUACUGCUGCCGCUGCUGCUGCGACGGCCACUGCUGCUGCGAAUGGUACUGUUCGUGGUGGUGGGAGCUCCAGGAAUCAUCGCACCAAGUCUGAUUCAGCUGCUCGUGGCAAUGCCACCACUCGUGGUGGUUCUGCUGCUGCUGCUGCUGCUGCUGCUGCUAGCCCCCACCUCACUGCUGCAACCGCUCCCAACGCUGCUAUCUCUCCUGCUGCUCCUCCAUCCGCCCCAGCAUCGUCUCUCCCUUCCCCCCCUCUUCCCUCCUCACCUCCUCUCGCCCCCAACGUCUCCCCCGCCUCCCCCACUCUCUGGUACACCCCGCUCUCUCCCAUUCUCCCCGGUCCCCCCAAUGGAACCCCCCAGCACCGCUCUAAACCCCGCAGCACCCCGUCCUCCUCCCCUUCCGACUCCACCUUCAGCACCCUCACCACGGGUAGCAAACCCAACUCCUCCCCUGUUCCCUCUUCGUCCCCCGCCUCCUCCUCCGCCUCCCCUCCGCCUGCUUCUAUAGCCUCUUCCGCCCCUGGGGGCGGCCUCUGCCCGGGGAUAGACGGCGGGAUAUGCAACUUGCGCAUGUCGUCCCGCACGCAUUUCUGCCUCAUGCGUUGCAUCUCACUUGGCACCGUGCUGGCCGGCCUCGGAUACCUCUCCUGGAAAUGCUUCAUAGUGGGGCGGAACAUCACCCACGCUGGACCGGCCUGCCUGCUCUUCCUCUCCACCGAAAUCCUCGUCUUCCUCUCUUCCUUCAUGCUAGUCGUUGAGUUGUCCAAGCCGGCGAAAGAGAGGAAGGCGCUGAGUCUCCCGCCCUCGGGGCCGUUUCCGAGGGUUGCGAUCCUCAUCUGCUGCUGCAGCGAGAAGAUAGAUGUGAUCCAGGACACGGUUAAAGGGGCUAUGAAUCAGAAUUACCCCGGCGAGAGGUACUCGGUGUGGGUGCUGGACGAUGGGGGGGAUGAUGAGCUUAAAGCCUGGGUAGAAGCAGAAGCGAUGGAAGGGUGGAGCGGAGGAGGUGGGGGGGGCGGAGCAGGAGCAGCAGGAGGGGAAGUAGGAGGAGGGGAACAGGAUCAAAGCGAGCAGGGGCAGCUGCAGCGGCAGCAGCAGCUGAUGGUGCAGCAGCAGCAGCAGGGCCGGCGGCUGUUCUACCUCCGUCGCCCCAAGAAGAAAGGCGUGCCUCACCACUUCAAAGCAGGGAACAUCAACUACGGGUUGCACUUCGCCUGCGGGGAGUUUGUUGCAGUCUUGGAUGCGGAUAUGAUUCCCUCGCCCUUCUUCCUGUCGGCGCUGCUGCCGCACAUUGUCGGGGAGGAGAAGGGCGAUGUGGCGUUUGUGCAGUGCCCGCAGUCGUUUUACAACAUUGUGAAGGGGGAUCCGCUGAAUGACUCCUCGCAGGACUUUUACGAUGUUCUGCUGCCCUACAGAGAUGGUCGGGACAAGAUGGCCGUGACAGUGCCCAGUGCGUGGGCACAGGAGUCAUUUUCCGCGCUGCCCACCUGCAAGCGAUUGGAGAUGGCCGUGACAGUGCACAGUGCGUGGGCACGGGAGUCAUUUUCCGUGCCGCCCACCUCCAAGCAAUCGGCGGGUUCACAGUGGGGUCGAUAA